UUUUGGCUUCUGAUUCUGAGCCCGACGCUACUUUGCUAAACGAGUCCUCGUCUUUUCCCUACUGAAAAAACCAUAACGCUUUGUUAUCCUGAAAAAACCUGACCGAUAAUUUCAGCAUUCUGAAACCCUACCUCUCAAUUUCUUCAGAAGCAAUCGAAGAACAUGGCGUGCAUAUSUCCAGCUCCAUCGUCGUUGCUUCUCUCUUCCGACCUGUGCAGAAGUCGAGGUGCGAAGUCCACGACGCUUUCCUGGGUUUCUUCUUUUCCCCAGAUGAAAAUUUCCAUCAAUUCGAUCAGGACUUCAUUUCGUGUUAUGCCCAACAAGGGAGGGGUUAUUGAAGCAGCUUGGACCCGGAGGUCUAGAAGUGAAGCAGCAAAGAAACCCAACAGGAAAUCAUGGAAACAAAGGACAGAUAUGUAUAUGAGGCCAUUCUUACUGAAUGUUUUCUUCUCAAAAAGAUUCAUCCAUGCAAAGGUGGUCCACCGAGGAACAAGCAAAGUGAUUUCUGUUGCUAGCACAAAUGCCAAAGAUCUGAGGAAUACUUUACCGUCUCUUACUGAUCACAGUGCCUGUAGAACUAUUGGGAGGCUAAUUGCUGAGCGGUCCAUGGAGGCUGAUGUGUUUGCAAUGUCUUAUGAGCCCAAGAAAAAUGAGAGAAUAGAAGGUAAGCUUGGAAUUAUCCUUGAUACUAUCAAGGAGAAUGGGAUCAUUUUUGUCUGAAUUAACUUGUGCAGUUAUGUAAGGUUUUAAGUUGCCCUACCAUGCAUAGUGGAGCCGUUCGAUUGUAAAUUAGUGAAGGUAAAGAAAGUAAAGUUGUCCUUAGUUUCUUUUAGCUUCACUCGUUAUCCUUAAACCCUUGUUGAUUUAUCGCCCCAUUUGUUUAUACACAUCCAUAAUUUUGUUGAAGUUC